AUUUGAAAAAAAUGCCUAACAGGAAAACUUUUGAUAACGGCCAGAGUUGUGUGAUCGAAAGAGCCACCACUGUCUACUACAAUAUUGGUAUAACCGACCUAGAAACCGAGAGACAUGUAGUAGGUGAAAUAACAAACUACAGGAACCUUGCGGAUAAGAUUCAGGAAAAAGUAUAUAACUCCUCCCAUUCACCUCCAAGUGAAAACUGCCUCGAAGAAUGCAAUACGUUCAUUGAUUAUAAUCUCGACAAACGGUAUUUUGACGUCAGAUUCGCUGAAUAUGAAGGACAGGCCGACACAUUGAGGACUUCUAAACAUCUUAUCAAAGAGUUAUACAAUCAUCCUAUUUAUGAAUGUCUGAGACGGCUCGCUCCACACACAUCAUUCCCCGGCAUUGCACUCAUGAUAUAUAAAUUCAGGUAUGCGUCAGCACUUGCAGUCUCGGGACGUGUUCAGAAGGCCAAGAAAGUGGCCGACAAAGGAAUGGAGAAACUGCAACUGUACUUAAACGAGACGAGUAUGGCUCGAGUUAAUGCGAGUUGUUUGUACGGAUAUGUCAACGUGGUGUUAGCAGGCAUCAGCCAGAUACCACAAACGGAACAGAUGGAUGAUAUUAAGGAAUGGAUCGAGAAGGGGCUUGAACAAGUGAAAGCUAUAAAGGACAACGGAGUCGCCAAUAUGUGGGCGAGAAUGUUUCUUGUAAAGAAAGCGUGUGUUCUGUUAAAGAUCGGCCUAUCAGGCGAAGAUAUUUCUGGCCAGGAUAAUGAGGAUAUCAGUCAUGAGGAUAGGGACGCAGCUAGAAAGAGUCUGGAAGAAGCUGAAGAACAUUGGACCAACACCGAUGAGAGAAGACUUAUGUUGUACAAACGGGCAGAGGCAAAGCUUCAACGGCUUGCUGGUGACAAGGAAGCUGCUUUAGAAUCCCUACGAUAUGCAAUAACCAUUGCACACCAAUUUAAACGCGAAGAGGAAAGCUAUCAGCAUAUUCUUCAGAACUGGACCGCAUGAUAUUGUUAUCCUGAUCUGUUCGUGGACUUUGAAUGGCAAGAAGAAUGCUUGAGGAUCAUUCUAAAGCAAUGUGUGACAUGAUAUUUAAUUGUUUGAAAUGGUUUGAAACUUUAUUUGAAGAAAUAAUACUCAAGGAAUAUUCUUCAGAAAUUACCUUCAGUUGUUGAUUUGACAUUCCAUAUCAUUAGUGUAAAUGGCAUUCAAGUGGGUUUAAAUUGCUGUUAUCUUUAAAUAGAAAUAGUUUCUGAGAAAUAUAUUCUUUAGAAAUUUUGACAUGAUAACUCGUAUCCUGAUAGCCCGAGGUGAUGGGUGAUAUUUAAUGGAACGAGGAAUACUUGAAGUGUAUCCUUUUGAAAUUGUCACUUGACGGCAUUGUGUCCUGAGUGGGAUGCUUGAAUCCUAUUCUUCGGAAAUGAAUGGAAUGGUGAUAAUGUUAAAUACUUAAGGGAAUGAGAAACUCUUCAAGCAUAUUCUUCAAAUACUGGUAUUGUUUUAUAAUUCGAGAACGUUCUAAUCGGAUUCUUCAAGAAUUGGGUAACGUGAAAUGUGUUAUUUACUUUUUAACUGGACUCUAACUUGGUAUAAAGACAAGCUGAAUCUGUAAAGACUUAACGUUGGGCCAGACUUUCACAUUCUAACUUAAUAUCAGGAUGUGUUGUCCAGAACUUGUAAUUCACAGAAUCGAAAAAACUAUUCCAAGAACUCGGAGUAUUUUAUCUAAUGGAUCCGCUUUGUAUAUACAAUGCAUUGUAUUUAUAUGUAACCUUGUUUUUAAUCUUGUCCAUUUUGUUCCUAUAUGUUGUCCUCGUUAUAUCGAUUGGAGUUAGAGUGACGGUUUCGAUAAAACUACAUUCUCUUCUUGUUUAUGUACAACGCAAAUCUAAAAUAGUGAAUACUGACGUUUAAGAAAACAAAUAAAACUCCAACACAAUUUUUACUCAAAAUCGAUGAAACGAGAGCAUGUACAUCCAUGUGCUGUAAAAAAGGAUUUUAAGGUUUGAUAUAGAUUACAAAACUCAUUGACCGUAUGCGUAGAUUUUACAAACACUAUAGACGCGUGGAAUAAAUUGACCUAGCGGAAGGUCUUACGGCAUAAUUCAUACGUGUAUACUGUAUUUCUGAAAAUCAUAUAAUUUUCUGUUAACAAACAACUUUUUAUUUUUACUGAUUACGUCAGUAUAAAUUAAACCGACAGACCUGGUGUGUACAAAUCAAGGAGGCAUUUGUAAUCAGGAUACUUGAAAAAAUAACACGUGUUUGUAGUCUAUAUACGUGUUAUCCAGUUAUCAUGAUUGGUAUUUGGAGUACGUAUACGUGUACACCUCACUACAGCACACAUAUAUAUAGUACAUUACUUCAUAUUUUUGGUGUAAAAUGUCCUUGUUAGUCAUGUGUAUACAUAGACUUGACAAACAGAAUAAUUACGCUGUACAUAUCGAACAUUGUUAGGUUGGUGACGUAAGAAAAGAACAUUACAAACCUCCAUGGAAACCCCCGUGGGACUUGGCACAAAUGUAUGUAUGUAUGUUACCAUAGUAUCGUACUGUAAUACAUUGUAUGUAUAUGGAUUGUGGGUUGCGAAUUUGUGCCUAGUCGCUGUGGAAACGAAACCUCUAUACCGUUCAGGUUUGUCAUAGUGUGUUUUACACAUUGAUAUUUCGGUAAAUAGCGAAUUAUUGCAUAUGAUUUGUCUUGCCUUAUGUCAAUUCGUUUUCGUUGCAAAAUGACCAAUAAAAUAUCAUUAGAAAAAUA